UUGCUGCUCUGAUCUCGUUAGCUCUGGUAGCCCGUGAGCUAGCGGUGUGUGUGUGUGUGGUGAGUCUACCCGCAGUACGCGCAGCGGAGGCCGGCGGCAGCAGCGCUCCAGCCUGCUCAACCUGAACGCAAAUAAGAAAGCAAGAUGAAUGUCGGUGUGGCGCACAGCGAAGUGAACCCGAACACUCGAGUGAUGAACAGUCGGGGAAUAUGGUUGACGUACGCACUUGGUGUGGGAAUGCUUCACAUUGUACUGUUAAGCAUUCCUUUCUUCAGUGUUCCUGUUGUGUGGACCCUCACAAAUGUUAUUCACAAUUUCGGUAUGUAUGUGUUUAUGCAUGCUGUUAAGGGCACACCGUUUGAAACUCCAGACCAGGGCAAGGCGAGACUCCUCACACAUUGGGAACAGCUGGACUAUGGUGUGCAGUUCACAUCAUCCAGAAAAUUCUUUACAAUCUCACCAAUCAUUUUAUAUUUCCUUGCCAGCUUUUACACGAAAUACGACCCAGCUCAUUUUGUGAUAAACACAGCUUCCCUUUUGACUGUUCUCAUCCCAAAACUGCCACAACUUCAUGGCGUCAGGAUUUUUGGAAUAAACAAGUAUUAAAAGCCAGUAUUCAGAAGGCACAGAUCGACACCGUUGCCUGAUAUGGGAAAGAUGAUAACCCUUUGUACUUUGUACCGCGGUUGUGUACAUUUAGUAGUUUUGUACAGUGUGUGUAAUUGUGAGUCGUCUUGUUUGAUAUAUUUUGACAAAACCAUUGUAGGGAUAUGUUAGGAGGACAAUUCCACAAGCAUUAUUAAUUUAAGGUAUUUAAUAUUUGUUAGAUGUUUUGUGUGCCUUGUGGAUCUGGGCUGGCCCAGGUUAUUUUUAGGUUUUUGUGUGUUUUGUUUAUUUGAUACACUAAAAUGAAUGCUUUUAGUGUCAUUUCUAAAUGCAUUCUUUAAUGAUGCCAUAUACUGAGAACAAUGUGUUUUUAAAUCAUUUAAAUGCCAUCAACCGUUUGGUGGUUCUUGAGUUUUGCUGUUGUUAUCAUAGACAAAUAAAAAGUCAAUUUGCAUGAAAGAUUUCUGUUUAGUCACAAUAUUCUGUAUAGGUUUAUAUUUAGGUUAAUGCAAAAGUUAAAGGUGACCAUGAAAAUUCAUUAACAAAACUUUAAUGUUUAGGUUAAGUAUUUUUACAUAUUCACUACAGUCAACAUAAAAUAAAAAUUGACCCUAUUUUACAUGUACUUUACAUGUUAUUGGUCUAAUUAUGCACACUUCAUGUGUAAAUUUAAAGUAUUCUUUAAUCAAGUUGUGUUAUCCUAGCCGUCGAUAAAGUCCUAACUCUAAAAUACGUCACAUUUUGGAAAUGGAUUGUAAAUGCUAUUUCAUGUUGACUUUAAACACCACCAUUUAUUAUACUGUGAAACUGAAUCUUUACCAGUCAUGUCCAUAAACUGUCUGGUUUCUUUGAUCUCAACUCAAAUUGAAAAACUGUAACAGCCCAUUUUAACAUCCGUACCCUUCCACUGUUUUAAUUUUAUUUUAUUUUAUUUUUUUUUGACAAAAACCUCCAAAGGUUGAAUUGUGCCAAUUGUUUGUGUUUUAAGAGGUAUGGACAUAGUAUGUUAUGUGCUGUAUGACAUGCUGCAAGCAAAUAAACUUUGCAAAGUAUCUUAAA